AUGAAUCGCAUCGCGUCGUACCUUCGCACAUAUGCGACAGAAGCGGAACGGCCCAUGGCGACCGACGUGCAGCCGAGCGAGUCCGAUGUCGAGCGUCUGUUACGCCAGCGAAAUGUCGGUAUUAGUGCACACAUCGAUAGUGGCAAGACAACGCUCACCGAGCGUGUGCUGUACUACACAGGACGAAUCAAAGACAUUCACGAAGUGCGUGGACGUGAUGAAGUCGGUGCGAAGAUGGACAGUAUGGAGCUCGAGAGAGAAAAGGGGAUUACCAUCCAGUCAGCCGCGACGUACUGCAACUGGAAAGCGACGCCGCCGACGGAGCGAAGUAACAUGACAGGUGAUGCAGCUGAUGAGUCCACCGUCACAACACAAAAAAAGCACGACUACCACAUCAACAUCAUCGAUACGCCUGGCCACGUUGACUUUACUAUUGAAGUGGAGCGUGCGUUGCGUGUGCUGGAUGGAGCUGUGCUUGUACUCUGUGCGGUAUCGGGUGUGCAAUCGCAGACAAUGACGGUUGAUCGCCAGAUGCGCCGCUACUCGGUGCCGCGACUCUCGUUCAUCAACAAGAUGGACCGUGCUGGUGCGAAUCCGUGGCGAGUUGUUGAGCAGAUUCGCACGAAGCUCCGUAUGCCUGCGGCAGCGAUGCAAGUCCCUAUAGGAGCCGAGGACAACUUCCAAGGUCUUGUGGACCUUGUGCGUUGGAAGGCCGUGUACAACGAGGGCACCAAGGGCAAUGUGGUUCGUGAAUCCGAUGACAUUCCAGCGGACGUGCUUGAGCUGGCAAGGGAGAAGCGGCAGGAGCUCAUUGAGCAGCUGUCGGACGUGGAUGAUGAAAUGGCGGAGAUCUUCAUUGAAGAGCGCGAACCCACCAUCGAAGAGCUCGUUGCUGCGCUGCGCCGCGCGACGGUUGCGUGCCGCUUUUCACCCGUGUUCCUAGGCACGGCGAUCAAGAACAAGGGCGUACAGGCGCUCCUGGACGGCAUGUGUGCGUACCUGCCGAACCCGAUGGAGGUGCGUGCCAUUGCGAACGACACGGCCGUCGCGAAGAAGAUUGCAGCGCAGGCCAACGAAGAGGGCCAUGACGUGGCGGCCAUGCAGUCGUCCGCCCAGCAUGGAUCCGAAGUGCAGCUUGUGCCGGCGACGGAGGCGCCGCUUGUGGGUCUUGCCUUCAAGCUGGAGGAAAGUCGGUUCGGUCAGCUGACGUACAUGCGUGUGUACCAAGGCAUCCUGCGCCGGGGCGGCAUCAUCUUCAACUCACGCACUGGCAAGAAGGUCAAGGUGCCGCGUCUCGUUCGCAUGCAUGCGGAUGACAUGGAGGAUGUGCAAGAGAUUGGGCCUGGGGAGAUCUGCGCUAUGUUCGGUGUGGAGUGUUCGUCAGGCGAUACGUUCACCGAUGGCAGCACGACGCUGUCGAUGUCCGCGAUGUUUGUGCCGGAGCCGGUGAUCUCGCUUUCGCUCACACCCGAGGGCAAGGACACUAGUGUGAACUUUUCGCGUGCGUUGAACCGCUUCCAGAAGGAGGACCCUACGUUCCGUGUGCACGUCGACAGCGAGUCCAGUGAGACCAUCAUUUCAGGGAUGGGUGAGCUGCAUCUGGACAUUUACGUCGAACGCAUGCGCCGCGAGUACAAUGUGCCUUGCACGACUGGCAAGCCACGUGUGGCUUUCCGCGAGACGAUCUCGCAGCCUGCGAAGUUCAACUACACACACAAAAAGCAGACGGGUGGUGCCGGUCAGUUUGGUCGUGUGAUUGGUUACAUUGAGCCGAUGACUGUCGACGAGGACACUGGCAAGGACACGGCCUUCGUGAACAGUGUGAUGGGUGGCAACAUUCCACCCAGCUACAUCCCUGCGUGUGAGAAGGGAUUCGCAGAUGGACUGGAGAAAGGCGCACUGGCGGGCUACCCGGUGUGUGGUGUGCGGAUGGUGCUCGAGGACGGUGCGGCGCACAGUGUGGAUUCGAGCGAGCUGGCGUUCCGUAUCGCAGCGCACGCUGCAUUCCGCGAGGCAUUCCGUGCGGCGAACCCCACGAUUCUUGAGCCAAAAAUGUCCGUCGAAGUCAUUGCGCCUGUUGAAUUCCAGGGCACGGUCAUCGGCGCACUUAACCAGCGCAAGGGCACCAUCGAGGACACGGAAGUGCGUGAGGACGACUUUACCAUUACGGCCGAAGUGAGUCUCAACGACAUGUUUGGCUUCUCGAGCCAGCUUCGUGGCUUGACGCAGGGUAAGGGCGAGUUCUCCAUGGAGUACAAGAAGCACGAGCCAGUGAUGCCGAACGUCCAAGCUGAUAUGGAGGCAGCAUACAAGAAGAGCUUGGAGAAGAAAUAG